AUGGCCGUACCCACCCCCACCUGGGGCCAGUUGAACAACGAGGCCAUCGAGAUCCACGAGACUCACACCCCUCACUACCAGGAGCACCACGGUCUGGGCAAGACCCACUCCGCCGACGAUGAGAAGAAGUCGCCCCUCUCCUCGCAGGAUGGUCUCGACUCGCAGCUGCCCGUAACCGGCUACUACGACUCGGAGAAGAAGGCCGUCACCGCUGAGGAGGACUAUGUGCCCGAAGACCCGAGCUCGGGCAAGCAGUUUGAUCUCAAGUACUUCCCCGAAGAGACCUCGCAGCUCACCAUCCGCUCGCUCGUCGUCGGUACCGCGCUCGGAUGCAUCAUCGCCGCCUCCAACGUCUACCUUGGUCUCAAGACUGGUUUCACCUUCGGUGCUUCGCUCUUCGGCGCUAUCCUGGGUUACUCGAUCAUCAAGCUCAUGCAGAAGACGCUUCCCGUCAGCCUCGGCGGAGGCUUCUUCGGUCCGCGUGAGAACUGCACCAUCCAGACCGCUGCUACUGCCGCCGGUUCCUUGACGGGCAUGUACGUCGCUGCCGUGCCCGCCAUGUACCAGCUCGACCUGCUCCAUGACCCCCUGAAGGACUUCGGCCGCCUGAUUACCUUCUCGGCUGUGUCGGCAUACUACGGUGUCUUCUUCGCCAUCCCCCUGCGCAAGUUCUACAUUCUCAAGCAGAAGCUCAUUUUCCCUUCGCCCACUGCCACCGCCUACACCGUGCGCUCGCUGCACGCUCCUGGUGGAGAGCUGACGGCUAAGAAGCAGUCACGUGCUUUGAUGUUCUCGUUCGCGGCUGCGUUCUGCUUUGUCGUCGUCAACCAGUACGCCUCUGGUAUCCUCAUGGACUGGCACAUCUUCUACUGGCUCUACAAGUGGGGCUGGAAAAAGGCCCUCGUCGUCGACAACUGGGGUUGGAUCAUCGAGUGGACCCCGGCCUUCCUGGGCGCCGGUAUGCUUUCGGGUAUGAACGCAUCCUACUCGUUCCUGGGAGGUUCCUUCCUCAUGUGGGCUGUCAUCGGUCCCUCGAUCAUUGCUACCGGACAGGCGAUCGGCAAGAACUCUGGUAUGGCUGACAAAGCCUACCCCAAGGAGCCGCUGCGAUGGAGCUAUACCUCGAUGAGCUUCAACCCGAACACGAUGCCGCUAAACCACGCUUCGCCCCGAUACUGGGGUCUGUGGCCAGGUGUGCUGAUGAUGCUCGCCUACUCGUUUGCCGAGCUGGGCAUGAACGGUCCUACCAUCUGGAAGGGUAUGCGUGCCGGUGCCAUCGAGCUCUACUGCAAGAUCGCUCGCAAGGAGGCUCCCGAGUACGAGGAUGCCAUCCCGGACCCUUGCGAGAAGAGGGACCAAGUUCCGCUCUGGGCUUGGGCCGGUGGCCUGGUACUCUCGAUCAUCUUCACCGUGCUCGUCUGCUCGCUUCAGUUCCACAUGAACGUCGGCAACGUCAUCCUCGCCAUCAUCCUCGCCUUCCUCUUCUCGUUCGUCGGUGUGCAGGCUUCCGGUGCGACCGACACCAACCCGGUGGGUUCGCUUGCCAAGGCGUCGCAGCUCAUUGUUGGUGGUGCCAUCCGUGGGCAGGGCAAGGUGGGCAACCCUGCGAUGCUCGAGAACCUGAUUGCUGGUUCGAUUGCUUCGUCGGCGGCCUCGCACUCGGUCGACAUGGUGGGCGACCUCAAGACCGGCCACUUGCUCCGUGCCAAGCCCCGUAACCAGUUCUGGGCGCAGCUGUUUGGCUCGUUCUUCUCGAUCUUUGUGUCGACGGGUCUGUUCGUGCUGUUUACCAAGGCGUACCCGUGCAUCACCGACGCCAACGCCGAGACAUGCCCCUUUGGAGCCCCCGCCGUCGCCGCCUGGAAGGCCGUCGCGCUCGCCGUCGUCUCGCCCAAGCUCCCUGUCUCGCUCUCCUCCGGCAUGACCGCCAUCGGCUUCGCCAUCAUCUCGAUCAUCACCGUCGUGCUUAAGUACAAGGUGAUCCCCGAAAAGUACCACGUCUACGUGCCCAACUGGAACGCCGUCGGCCUCGGCUUCGUCGUGCCCCAGACCUACUACCCCAUUGCCAUGUGUAUGGGUGCGACGUCGGCGCUCUUCUGGAAGCGCAGGGCCCCGCAGUCGUUCGACCUGCUCGCCUUUGCCAUCGCUGCUGGUUUGAUUGCUGGUGAGGGUAUGGCUGGUGUCUUCAACGCCAUCCUCACCAUUGUCAACGUCAACGGCAGCGUCUACGGUACCUCGGUUGGAGUGCCUCCUUGGUAA